CUGCAUGUCCAUGGUGAAUUAUUAGGUUUUUUUAGUGCGCUGGUAAUUGUAUUAUAUGUUGGAGAGAGGAUAAUUGAAGUCAUCUAAGGCCAUGCGAGGUUCAUUUCCCUGCAUGUUCACAUGCUUCUGGUGGUUUAGUGAGCUUGAGCUAAAAACAGUUCUGGUCAAAGGAAAAGUGUAGAUUUACCUGAAGCCAUGUGCGAAGCAACUGUUCAGUUUGACUAUAUUUACAAUUUUUAUGUGCAGUCAAGGCUGUUGUUUCCUGUUCUAUUCUACAGCAGGUUCAUCCUCAAAGUCACAUUCAUGAAUAAUUACAGGGUGUAUAAGUAGAGUCUUGAGCAAAAUAAUGGAUGGUGUGAAGGAUCAAGGCAAAUUCUCCCUGAAAUAUUUAUGAACGACAUGGGCGACAAAACCAACUGGAAAUGAGGAAUGCAAUCUGUACAAAUCUCAAAUCAUUUUGGGACCAUGAUAACUGAGGUCAACAGAACUUUAAAGUCCCCCUCUACUCAAAAAUGCGUUUUGCUUAUUGUUCACUUGGAUGUUUGAGCUUCACUGUGUAGAAUGAUGUAUGUGCAGAGUUUGACACUAAAGGCUAUUUUCACAUUCAUCUGCUGAAGGGUGAAAGUUUCUCACUCUGCUCACUUUGAAUCUGAGUUUAAGACGUGUCUGCAUCACAACAGCAAUAUGGUCCGAUAUGCAUCUUACAGAAGUGUGAUGAGGAAACUACAGUAGAUUCACCCUGGCAAAUAUAAGUCCAGUAUUCAUGCUCUUUUAACUCUGUUUUUCUACCAGCUCCUGAGGGAAAUAUCUGGCUCUUUAGCUGCUAAAUGCUCCUCUAUGUUCACCAGUUCACAUUUUAAUGGUCAAUGAAAUAAUUAAUACAAAAGCCUACACCUCAGCAUUAUCCUCUCAUGUCAUGGAGUAAUGGAUUCCUUUGAAGCAGUUUUCUUCAUUUCUUCCCCUUUAUGCAGAAAAGAAAUGAACAUAAUUGUGUUAUACAUGACCAAAAUUGGGACAUAACCAAACCAAAUUGCCUGCAUUUAGUUUAGCCUGUACUUAGACUUUAAACCAGUAGGCUUAUACAGUGGGAAACCUGCGCUAAAUCCUUUCAAUCAUGUUCUCCAUCAUCAUACCGCUGAGUUUGUGGCAGUGGCAGCGGACAGACCUUCCUUUUUUACAAGCACAACAUUUAGAAACAAAAAGACUGAUUACGUAUACAUUUUUAUACCACUUCUUAUAUAGAUAAUUAAAAUGAUCUCCAAAUGAUUUCUAGAACAAUCCAUAGCAGAGGUUACAGACAGCUUCAAGGGAGAUGAGUCAGUCAGAUAAAGGAUGUGAAUUAACUCUUCCUUGGCUUUAAUUUGCUUGUAAUUUUGAUGAAUUCCCAAGGUUUCUUCUUCUACCUCUCGGAAAGCCUCUUCUGGGAGCUUUGUAAUAGGGUGCAGUCAUUACAGAUGGUGCACCUUUACAAAUAUUUCAUUUUCAUCCAAUUACAGGUCCGCUAGGAAAUCUGAUUUUCACUUUUCUCCUUAUUUCCUGUUGCUCCAUUUAGCCGUUCAGUGAGAUCAGAGCGCUGUCAUCCGGGAUUAUUAACUCAUUUGUCCACAUGUUUAUCUGUUUAUGUGUCGCUCCUCUCGGAUUGUACACAACAAUAAUUUGAAUGUAUUUAUAGUUCCUCUUGUUAUUGUUACUGAGUGCGUUAACGCUGAUGUGGUAUCAGACAGGAUGUGCUCUGUCGCUGCUCAGCAGUUAAAUUUAAUGUGACAAAACAUUAAUGUGCCAUAGCAUCGCAAGCACUACAGUAAACACAGUGACAUGUUGUGAGGAUGCUGACCAUUCUGGGUGCUACAAAGCCCAUGGCAGAGGGAGAAAAACCAAGAGCAAGGUGAAAGGUCUCUCAGUAAGUGUUUCCACAUUCAAUCUGGUGGCCAUCUCCCUGGAGCGCUACAGCGCCAUUUGCAACCCGCUGACCUCCAGGACGUGGCAGACCAAAUCCCACGCCGCCAAAGUCAUCACUGCCACCUGGGUGGCGUCCUUCAUCCUGAUGCUUCCCUACCCCAUUUCUAGCACCCUCAAGCCCUUCACCCGCGUCAACAACAGCACCGGGCACAUGUGCCGCCUGGUGUGGCCCAAUGACGUCAUCCAGCAGUCCUGGUAUGUGUCCCUGUUGUUGCUGCUCUUCCUAAUCCCUGGGAUUGUCAUGAUGACAGCCUAUGGACUCAUCUCCUUGGAGCUCUACCGGGGCAUCAAGUUUGAGGUGUCCAGCAGGAAAUCUAGCAGAGACAGACAAGCCAGCACUGGCAGCAUCAAGCCCGGUGACAGUGAUGGCUGCUACCUGCAGCCUACUAAAAAGAAGAGCAUCACAAAGAGUACAGGCAACUUCGCCAACUCCAGCAGCAAGCCCACGGUGGGGCGUGUGUGCGGCAGCAGCUCUACAGCCAACCUGAUGGCCAAGAAGCGUGUGAUCCGCAUGCUCCUGGUCAUCGUCUUCCUCUUUUUCCUGUGCUGGACUCCCGUCUUUGUAGUCAACGCGUGGCAGGCUUUCGACCGGCGCUCGGCCUACCGCCUGACCGGCGCGCCCAUCUCCUUCAUCCACCUGCUGUCCUACACCUCGGCCUGUGUCAACCCCAUCAUUUAUUGCUUCAUGAACAAGCGCUUCCGCCAGGGCAUGCUGGCCACAUUCACCUGCUGCAGCUGCUUAAGGAGGAGCGGCGGAGGGAGCAGCGGCUUAGGGAGGUCAGCUGGAAUUGGAACGGCUAAAGGGGAAGUGGACAGAUUAAGAGCGGGGCCAAAGACCACUGAGCAGAAUGGCCAUACCCCGUCAAGCGGAGCCAGCACACGCUUCACCUACACCGGCAUCCGUGCAUCCGCCUGGAGUGAGCUGACUUAAACUGGAUUGAUACGUGUGUGUGUGUGUGUGUUUGUGUUUAAGAGCUCUGGCCUUAGUGCAAACACUUGUAGGGAAUCUGUGGUGUGUUGUUUCAACAUAAAGGCCUCACAGUGCUUAUAGGACUAGUUUAUGGGCAGUGACUUGGCUUUAGUUUGGAGUGUGACAUGACGUGGGUACAGCAGUUAAUGACUGUGGAUUAGAAGUGGUGUACAUUCAGUUCUCUCACAGCAGAUCAACACAGCGAUGUUUCCCUAAAGCUUGCAGUGUCCAGGGUGGAUGCCUGGUCUUUUAAAGCUUUGAAAAGCCUCAAGUCUGACAUAGCAAAGGAGUGUUUUUCUGAAGCAGAAUACCAAUUAAUGUAUUUACCCUCUUUCACUUGUUCCUCUACCAUGGCCAUACAGUUCAUUGUUUUGAAGUAUGUGCACCAAACAGACACAAUCAGUGGCAGACUGAUUAGACUGCACAAUAGGAUCAGUUCAUCCAAAUUACAAAACAAGUAUAUAUUUUCUUACUUACCUCUAAUGAAAACAGAUCACACCAAGGGAAAUGGUAAAAGCGGUAAACCCCACCAACCUGGUGUCUCAAGGAAGAUGAAAAAAACUAAUGUCAAUUUACAAAAAGCACUCGAACUGGGUGGUAUUCUUAAAUGACUAUAUCAGUUGACAAAAACAAUCUCACCCCAAGGGCAGUUUAGUAACUGUUCUGGAGCAUUCGAUCAUAUCACAUCUUCAUCAGCAGAUUGAGUUUAUCCAGUUGUCAUGAUGGAAACGGUCCAAGGUCAAGAAUGAACCUUGAAACUCCACUUUUAAGCCAACAUGGUCAAGAAGUCCUUAAAGUACUCAGGAAAAAAGGGGGAAUUUGAACAGCUACAUUUCCAUGAUAACUGGGCAAACUCCAUAUGCUGAUGAAGAUCAUGUGAUAUGAUCAAAAGCUCAGACCUUAAGGUGAGAUUGUUUUGUCAACUGCUAUUUUCAAAGUCAAGAUUGAAGUUUAAAGAAAUAGCUUGACAUUUUGGGAAAUAAUUUAUGAGUUAGAUGAGAAGAUCGAUACCACUCACAUGUUUGGGUGUUAAGUAUGGAGCUAGAGCUGGCAGGCAGUUAGCUUAGCGAUUAGCAAGACUGGUAGCAGGGGGAAACAGGUAGCCUGUACAACUACCAACACCUCUAAAGAUCACUAAUCAACACUUUGCGUCUUGUUUGUUUAAUCCUUACUCAAACAGAAGUAGUAACAACGGUAAGCUGUUCCUGUUGGUGUACUAUUAUAUUAUUCUAUUUUAUUAUCAUUAUUAUUAUUAUUACUAAUGCUCUGUAUGCUAAGCUAAGCUAAUCGCCUGCUGGCUCUAGCUCCAUAUUUAAACACAGAGAUAAAGCAAAUAAGCUUAUUUCCCAAAAUGUCAACAAAUUCCUUUAAGAUUCUCUGUGAUGGAUUACACAAUUCCAACAUUUGACUUUCUGGAAAUAAUUGCAAACUAAUGGCUGCCAGAAGUUGGGUGAAGACAUUUUAAAAAUUGUAAACAAAAUCGUCAGCAGUAAUGUAAACUAUUCAUGAUUUGUAGGAAAUUGGCUAGAACACGAAAAAUCACUGGUUUGGCCCUUUAAUUUAUUUUCAUACUCAUAUUUGUAAACAGGCUUUUAUUUGUCAUCUUCAGUAACAGCUGCCUGUCACGCUAACUGUACUCAGUAGCUUCAAAACAGCCCUCCAGUGCACAAAUAGUUCUGCUCUUGUCCUUGACCCACUGUGUGUGUGUGUGUGUGUGUGUGUGUGUGUGUAAGAGGGUUGUACUGUGUGUGCUAUGGGAACUGGAGAGGCCUUAUCAUUUAGUGGGACUUUAAACACCUGUAUUCACCCCUCUUCUUCAAAGAGUGAAUUCCCGGUAUUAACUACCUGAUUUCCACUGAUUCAUACUGUUAAAUAUAGCAGUGUUAAUGUAGCAACUUAUUCCCAUUUUGUUUUCUUGUAUCAAUAUGUUGCGAUGUUCAUUGUACGACCUUGAUAUUGUUCUAUGAAUUCUUACUUUUAGGUUUUGCAUGAUAAUGUGCCUAUUUUGAUAGAGGUCCUCUUAAACCGGGCACAUAACUGAAUGUAAUCCCGGUGAUUUUACAGGUUUGUCAUAUUCAUCUGGAAGUGGUUCUAGGAAUGGUAUUGUGUUCUUUUGGUUAUCUACAGACACACAACCCAUCUCCACAUAACCAACGUCAGGUUGACCAUAUAAAGACCCUGAGUGCCCGGUGUGCAACUGCGUCAGCAAAGACUUGGGGCAGAGUAACUCGGAGCUUUUAACGGUUUUAAUAAAAGUGGAUCUAAAAAGGACAGAGGGCAUUAGGGCCCAGACAAGUGGCGGAAAGAAAAGGGGAAAUCUGCUGGGACUUCUUCCCAGGGAUAAGAGCUCCAUUUGGGCUUAGUAGAUGCCCAAAGCCCUACCACCUUCACCCUGCAGCCACUGGGAGAUGCUUAACUGUCACACUGUGUUUAUACAUUACAUAAAAGAUACACAAGUCUGUAUUAUUCAUUUGUUCUCUUUCAGCUAAAACCUGAAACAUUUGGGAUAAAGUGUAAAAACGUACACGCUUACGCUUCUGAUGACAAUUAAAAACAUAACACAAAGUGAGAUUUUAUAUCACUUUUUUAUUUCUCAUUUUUAUGCCAAUAUUGCAAGUUUUUUUCUCGUUUUUUUCUUCUUUUAAUGACAUACAGAUUUGAGCAUGACCUGGAGCUGCAAUAUGUACAAAAACAAACUAACAUAUGUUAUCAAAAAACCGUCCCCUUUGUUUUGACGUUAUUGCUAAAUGUUACAAACGGCACAGGUUUCUACCAUCAGCAACCCUUUGAGCACUGAGUAUACUAC